AUGCCGGCGGCAGCUACGACCUACGAGCUCCCGCCUCUCGACAGCCUCAGCUGCAUCAUCGCCCCAACACCCGCUUGUUGCCCCUCCCUCCACCCGCCUGUGAUCGCCACCCGUCCUUUCUCUCAGUCCCGCGGUUCCACGCAGAGCAGCAGCCAUGGCGGAGAGCAUGGAAGGCGUCGUGACGGAGGUCGAGCAGCCAAACACCGAGAACGUCGAGGACAAGACAGUGUCCGAGAUCCGCUCUAACUUCGCCCUGCUGGAACGCGCCGUCGCCCAGUUCGACUCCCGCUUUACACUAAGGGCACUCCGCUCAAUAUCAUCGCUCCGGAAGAGACUCACCGACCGCGUGCUAUGUACCGUCAUCGUCGUGACGUACUCGGCGAAGAACCCCACCGCGCGCCUGCUCAUUCAGGCCGUGGGAAUGGAGGCCGAGGAUCUCAAGGCUGUUGCAGACCAACACAAAGAUGCCGUGCAGGCGCUGAAGAACAGCACCAAGGAACCAUUACCAGAGGUCGAUGUCUACAUAGGCAUCCUGCUUCAGGUGUACCUUUACGACCAACAAGAUUACGAAGAGGGCGCCGAGUUCUCCACUCAAUUAGUCGACAGGAUUCGGGAACUGAACCGACGGACGCUCGAUUCACUGGCCGCGAAAGCGUACUUCUACUUCUCGCUCUUCCAUGAGGAGCUCGAUCCUAAGCCGCCAUCCAAACAGUCGCAAGUCAUUACAAUCCGCGGGAAACUGCUUGCGGCUCUACGCAGCGCGGUGCUCCGAAAGGAUCUCGAUACUCAGGCUUCCGUCACCACAUUGCUCCUCCGAAACUACCUUUCCACUGCCGAUAUCACCCAAGCCGAUCUGCUCGUUGCACAGACACAGUUCCCCGAGAACGCACCUAACAACCAAGUCGCCAGGUACCUCUACUACCUCGGUCGCAUAAGGGCUAUCCAGCUGUCGUAUACGGACGCCCACGAGCACCUCAUCAGCGCUACCCGCAAGGCGCCUACUAGCUCUGUCGCUGCAGGCUUCUACCAGUCCUCCAUGAAGCUCUUGAUCGUUGUGGAGUUGCUCAUGGGUGAUAUUCCAGAGCGCGAAUUGUUCAGCCAACCCCGCCUUGAGCGUACCUUGGAGCCAUACUUUCGCUUGGUCCAGGCAGUCCGGGCCGGUGACCUUCCCAGCUUCCUGAAGAUUGUGCAGAACUCCGCGAAGGCAUUCCACCGUGACGGGACAUACACGUUGAUUCUCCGUCUCCGCCAAAACGUGAUCAAGACCGGUAUACGCGUCCUCUCGCUCUCCUACUCGCGCAUUUCUCUACGAGAUAUCUGUCUUCGCCUCGGCCUCGAGAGUGAGGAGUCGGCAGAGUACAUCGUUGCGAAGGCGAUCCGUGAUGGUGUCAUUGAGGCUUCUAUCGACCACGAGAAGGGCUUCAUGCAGACGAAGCAGGCUGGCGAUAUCUAUGCUACCCGCGAGCCUGGUGAGGCAUUCCACGAGCGUAUUCGCGCCUGUUUGACCCUUCACGAUGAAUGCGUUAAGGCUAUGCGCUACCCAAUGAACCAGCAUCGGUUAGAGCUGAAGAACGCCCAAGAGGCUAGAGAGCGUGAGCGCGAGCUUGCAAAGGAGAUUCAAGAGGGUGAUCUCGACGAUGACGACGCCGCGGGCGACUUUGAUGGCUUGUAGACGAAUAGAUGGUUGCGCUUGGGCGGCUUGGAUUCAACGUCCGUGUGGGUGUAAGAUAGUCGUUUCUCUAGCGAGCAUCGAUUGAUCGGCCUGCUGAAGCGACAAGCAUAAUGAAACAUGUUAAUCAUGAGCACACGCACUUACAACGACUUUGGAACCCUGGAACCCUGUCCAUCUCAGCUUGUUUCCUUACCAUCAACAAUUGUGCAUGUUUGCGGCAAUCUUCGCGAUGCACGUAAUGCAAGAC